AUUUCUUAUUUGCCUGAUUUCUUUUUUAUUUUUUCGUACCGUCAUUCAGUGGCUGGAUGGCGUGGGACAGGUGUAACCAGGAUUCGGUGUGGAGGGAAUUAGAGUGUGCUGCCUUGGUUGGUGAAGACCAGCCCCUUUGCCCUGACCUCCCAGAACUUGACCUAUCAGAGCUUGAUGUAAGCGACCUGGAUGCGGAUAGCUUCUUGGGCGGACUCAAGUGGUACAGUGACCAAUCGGAAAUCAUUUCCAGUCAGUACAACAAUGAGACAUCAAACUUGUUUGAGAAGAUAGAUGAGGAAAAUGAGGCCAACUUGCUGGCGGUGCUCACAGAAACCCUGGACAAUAUCCCGGUGGAUGAGGACGGAUUGCCUUCGUUCGAGGCCCUGGCAGAUGGGGACGUGACCAAUGCCAGUGAUCAGAGCUGUCCCUCCACGCCCGAUGGCUCGCCACACACUCCAGAGCCAGAGGAGCCCUCCCUGCUGAAGAAACUCCUCCUUGCUCCUGCUAACUCCCAACUCAGCUAUAAUCAAUACCCAGGUGGCAAAGCACAGAACCAUUCAACCAACAACCACCAGAUCAGACCAACACCUGCUGUCGUCAAGACGGAAAACCCCUGGAACAGUAAACAAAGAGGGGCCUGUCCACAGCCCAACCGACCAGUGAGACGUCCUUGCACAGAACUUCUCAAGUACCUGACCGCCAGCGAUGACGCCUUCCAGACCAAAGCCAGUGAAGCCAAGAGCACCUGGGCCAGCUGCGGCAAAGACAGGGGCGGAGCCAGCACCUCUUCCUGCUCCUCUUCCUCCUCUCCGUCCUCAUCCUCCACCUCCUCCUUCUCUUCUUUGUCCUCCUGCUCUUCUUCCACCGCCUCCAAGAAGAAGGCCUCCUCCUCCGCUUCCCUGCCAUCACAGCAACAGCAGCAGCAACAGCAGCAGCAGCCGGCAACACAGAAUCAGCGAGCCAAACCAACCACCUUGCCACUUCCUUUGACCCCAGAGUCUCCAAAUGACCACAAGGGAUCUCCGUUUGAGAACAAAACCAUUGAACGCACAUUGAGUGUGGAGAUCUCUGGAACCCCAGGUCUGACACCACCUACCACGCCUCCUCACAAAGCCAGUCAAGAGAAUCCUUUCAAAGUAUCACUCAAAACAAAGCUGUCUUCAUGCUCCUCCUCGGCCCUGACGAGCAAGAGGGCCAGAAUGGGUGACGGGGGACCCUGCCCUCAGCUGGCCGGCGGCCCCACCAGGAGGGGCCCCGAGCAAACUGAGCUGUAUGCCCAGCUGAGCAAGGCAACUACAGCCCUGCCCCUGGGGGGCUCGGAGGAGCGUCGGAGCACGCGGUCAACCCCCCGUGUCUUCGGCGACCACGACUAUUGCCAGGCAACAAGCACAAAACGAGACAACACUAUGGCAAUGGCAACUGGGCCGACAGAGAGCCGACAUGCAGAAUGUAAAGACUUAGCCCUACCAUCCUCCUCCUCCUCCUCCUCCUCCUCGUCCUCCUCUUCCACAUCUUCUUUGUCUUCCACCAUCACCAUCACCACCACCACCACCACCACCACGUCUUCCUCUUUAGCCAGGCAGCUGCAGGGACAUUGCCCUGCAGCUCAGGAGACUGACAUGCAGGCCCAGGAGCAGGGCCACAACCCCUCUUUGGGUGCCAGAACCUCAGCAGAUUGCAACUCUGUCGGCAGGAAACUGCUCCGAGACCAGGAGAUCCGAGAUGAGCUGAACAAACAUUUUGGCCACCCUCAACAAGCUUUUUUCAGUGAGGAAGUGGAGCGUAAUGGGCCUCAACCACUGGAAGAGGGUGACUCUGGAGAUGAGUAUUACUGCCAGUUCCCGGACUAUGUGCACCCAGGCCUGCCUGAUUUUGAGGAUCUGGAAGUGGGCCGCGAGCGCCUGCUUUGCUCCUGGGAAGGGACUCCCCUGGAGCUGCUCUUCGACAGUUCGCCAUCCUGCUCCCCAUCCAGCUGUUCUCCUUCAAGAAGCUCCAUCUCACCCCCUUCCUCCUCCUCCUUGCUCUCACCACAACACCGCUGGCCCCGCUCCAUCUCGCGCUCCCGAUCGCGCUCCAGGUCCUCCUCCCACCACAGACGCAGAUCCCUCUCCAGGUCUCCAUACUCCCGUUCCCAGUCCCCGGAAAGCCUCUCCCCCUCCAGGUCUCAUCAUUACAUGGAUGUAAGCACUUUUAAGUCCAGGACUCCCAGGAGUCCCCGCUCACAUUCUCAGUUCCAGUCCCGCUCACUUUUCACUCGGAGACCCAGGUAUGACAGCUAUGAAGAAUACCAGCACGAGUGCCUGAAACGGGAAGAAUACAGGCGGGACUAUGAGAAACGGGAGUGUGAGAGGGCCGAACAGCGGGAAAGGCAACGGCAAAAAGCAAUAGAGGAGAGGCGGGUGGUGUACGUGGGCCGUCUUCGCUCUGACAGCACGCGUAGCGAGCUCAAGCGUCGCUUUGAAGUCUUCGGUGAGAUAGAGGAGUGCACCAUCAAUCUGAGACACGACGGGGACAAUUUUGGCUUCAUCACCUACCGCUACACUUGUGACGCUUUUGCCGCCCUUGAGAACGGACAUACCUUGCGCAGGUCAAACGAGCCUCAGUUUGAGCUGUGCUUCGGCGGACAAAAGCAGUUCUGCAAAUCAAAUUACACAGACUUGGACUCCCAUUCAGACGACUUUGAUCCAGCCUCCACUAAAAGCAAGUACGACUCCAUGGAUUUUGACAGCUUGUUGCGAGAGGCCCAGUGCAGUUUGAGAAGGUAACAAGCUCUGCCUUCACCUUCUGGCUACAGAGAGAGGGAUUCCUGAAUACCUCACUGAUGUUUCUGUCCUACGACAAUGAGACUACUAGAAGUUUUACACUCUAUGU